AUGGGGCGCCAUUCUUGCACUGAAAAGGAGAAGCUAAGAAAAGGGUUAUGGUCACCUGAUGAAGAUGAAAAAUUGUACAAUUUCAUCACUAGAUUUGGUGUUGGCUGCUGGAGUUCUGUGCCUAAAUUAGCAGGUUUACAGAGGUGUGGGAAGAGUUGCAGAUUAAGAUGGAUUAAUUAUUUGAGGCCGGAUCUUAAGAGAGGAAUGUUUUCACAAGAAGAAGAGGAUUUGAUCAUUAGUCUCCAUGAAGCACUUGGCAACAGGUGGGCUCAAAUUUCAGCACACUUACCAGGAAGAACAGACAAUGAGAUAAAGAACUUUUGGAAUUCAUCUCUGAAGAAGAAGCUGAUAAAGCAAGGCAUUGAUCCUAAUACUCAUAAACCAGUACCUGAAUCCCGAGAUCUGAUUCUACAGCCAAAAGGGCUUCCAAAUUUGGCAAAUUCAGAUGAAAUAGGACAAGAAUUUUGUCCAAACAACAUAAUUUGCUAUAACAGUGGACAAAAAGAAUAUGAUCCUCUGUUCUUCUCUGAGUUUCAAGAAAGUUCUGAUCCUAUUGGAUACCAUUCAAAUUUUGUAACUGAUCAUGAUCAUCAGAAUAAUCAGAUUGUGGGAAAUCCUAAUUCGAAUUCGAAUUAUGGGUUCAACUCAAUGCCAGAUUUAGCAAAUUUCAAUCCCGGGAAUUUCAUGGAUACAGAUCUUUCUGAUAGUUCAACUCCAAGAGUAUGUUCAUAUCUGAGUUCAAGUCAUAGUUCAUAUGUGAACAGCCAUACUGAGAUUCAGGCCAACAAUAUGAUGACAAAUCCCGAAACAUGUUUGUGGGAUUUCGACAAGAAAUUCGGAUCAAUGUUUCAAUUUCAGCUAAAAGAUGAAGAGAAUUCAAGUUCAUGGCAAGAAGGCACCAGCAGCUAUAUAUUCAAGAAUUCAAAAGAUUUCAGUAACUAG